AUGGGGAAGAAAAGAGAUGGGUUCUUUCUAAACAGAAUAAGGGCUCACGUAAGAGUCCAGCCACCGACGAGUACGAGCCACCAAGGCUGCAGCGAGGAGCCACCAAGCUCCUCCACAGAUAUCAAAUUAGGAAGAAGAAUAAUGGUUGUGGUUGAUUCUUGCUCCGAGGCUAAGAACGCUCUGCUUUGGACUCUCUCCCAUUGUGCACAGCCUCAAGACUCCAUUGUUCUUCUCCAUAUUCUUAAAGCUAAACCUAUUUCUCAAUCAGGUGCUCUAGCUUCAAAAGAAGAAGAACCUUGUGACAAACAUAAAACCUCAAAAGCUUAUAUAAAAAAUUCAGCCUUGAAAACCAUUUGUGAGCUUAAAAGACCCGAGUUGAAGACAGAGAUGGUGGUUGUGGAAGGUGACGAGAAAGCUCCGACCAUAGUGAAAGAGGCAAGAGAACGUGGAGCAACCUUGCUAGUUCUAGGCCAGAAGAAACAGCACGCCACGUGGCGGCUACUAAUGAUAUGGACCUCACAGGCCCGACCCAUGAACAAACACAACGUCGUAGAGUAUUGCAUUAACAACUCUCCUUGUAUGGCCGGCCAUUGCGGUUCGCAAGAGAGGCAAGAAAAUUGGUGGAUACACUCUCACAACUAA